GCUCACCUACAAUACCACAAGCAGAUCCGACAACAAAACAGUUUUUAUAAUUAGGAGGAACAAGCAACGUGUGCGUUUUCGUUUGGUUUUCGCUAUUUUAACCUUUUUGCCAGGCUGGCACAUUGUGCGAGACAACAACGCAAUUGGUAGUUAAACGAGGCGCUGGUGCGUAACGCGCGAUCCAAUUGAUAAAUGUAGAAACAUCGCUAGCCACCACUACCCGCCCCCAGCAGCCGUCGAUGCAGCAUCAACCGUGCAAAAUUUUGCCGUUGCAAGGGCUGUUGUUGCCCAACGCAUCGACGACAGCAAAACGAGCAACAACAAAGCUUCCAAACCCACCGAUAAAUUCAGCACGCAAUAGAUGAGCGCACCUGGCGCUUCAAAUAAACAAUUUCUAUUUUCACGUAACAGACGACCAGUGUCAGCCAUAUCGAACAGAUGCUGCUCGACUAAUUGGAAAGAGGAACCAAAGGAGAAGUAGUAACAACAACAACAACAACAACAACAACAACAACAACAACCACAACAACAACCACACUUGAUAAAUACCUAAUCCCCCACACCAACAACAUUAAAACAGACGUUGCAAAAUGCGUACACGUAAGGUACAAAUUAUGGUGAUUGGCUUCCUCAUUAUGUGGACAUUCAUCACGUACUACAUAUUGCUACGCAACAACAAUGUCCAAACAGACACGAAUCAGAAGCAGCAGCAGAUGAAGCAGCUGUUGCCAAAGACAUUAUUGGAGCAGUCGAAAAGUUUGAAAUUGACUGAUACACUUGUGAGUUUUCUGAAAUUGAAAUACGUGAAUCUGCAGUCGAGCACCACGCCGAAAAUAACAAUUGUUGCCGCCGAAAUCUCGAAUGAGCUACAGGAGCAGCCCCCAAAGCCAACGGCUGUUCCCUCAAAAGCAACAUCAGCGCAAAUACCAACCAACACAUAUCUGGCAAAUGGAGAGCCUGUCAUACCCAUUCUGGUAUUUGCCUGCAAUCGCAUCUCGGUGGUCAAGUGUCUGGAGAAUCUUAUGCAGUAUCGACCCAGCGUCGAGCAAUUUCCCAUUAUAGUAUCGCAGGACUGCGGCGAUGAGUUGACCAAGCAAGCCAUUCAAUCCUUUGGCAAUCAACUAACGCUCAUCGAACAGCCCGAUCAGAGCGAUAUUAUGGUCUUGCCGAAAGAGAAAAAAUUCAAAGGAUACUAUAAGAUAGCGCGGCACUAUGGCUGGGCUCUAAACACUACCUUUCAAAUAGGGUUCGAUUUCGUUGUCAUUGUGGAGGAUGAUUUGAAUGUGGCGCCCGAUUUCUUUGAAUACUUCUUGGCCACACACAAACUACUCAAGCAAGACAAGAGUCUUUGGUGUGUCUCUGCUUGGAAUGAUAAUGGUAAGGAGAAUGUGGUGGAUACCGCCAGUCCUGAGCUGCUCUACCGAACCGAUUUCUUUCCCGGCCUGGGCUGGAUGCUAACCAAGGACCUGUGGAGCGAGCUCUCGGUCAAGUGGCCCAAAUCUUUUUGGGAUGAUUGGAUCCGGCAUCCAGAGCAGCGCAAGGAUCGCGUUUGUAUUCGCCCAGAAAUCUCACGCACACGCACUUUCGGAAAAAUUGGCGUGUCAAACGGUUUGUUUUUCGACAAGUAUUUGAAGCAUAUAAAGCUCAGUGAGAACUUUGUACUCUUCACCAAAUUGGACAUAAGCUAUUUACUAAAAGAUAACUAUGAUAAUACAUUUUUGAAGCAAGUCUAUGUGCUGCCCUUGGUUACCUUUGACGAGCUGCGUCGAAAUCUCAUUGCGUUGGAGGGCCCUGUUCGCAUUCAGUACAACAAUCGUGAUCAAUAUAAACGUAUCACUCGAAUGCUUGGGCUUAUGGACGACUUCAAAAGUGGGGUGCCACGCACAGCAUACCAUGGCAUCGUCUCGUUCUUUUAUAAUAAGCGACGUGUACAUUUAGCGCCAAGUGCUAAUUGGAAAGGCUACGACCUAUCAUGGAGCUAACAUCACUAAAUUAGUUAUGUAGUAGUUAGAACCUAAGCAACAGCUCAAUGCAACAUGUAACGAAUCAAAAUGUUUGGUUGAAGAACAAUGUUUGCAAUACCAAAAAAUAGUACUAACAGGUUAUAUAUUAAAUUUAUUAUUUUCUCAUGACAUAGUUUAGUUGUAAGUGUAAAACUGUACGAAUCUUUCGCAACCAGUCCUUAAACGAUGUAAGAACAAAAUCAACAGUUUCUAUACAUAUAUAUAUAUACAAAUAUUUAUAUUAAUUUGUAAUACCUGUGCAACGAGGCAGCUCCACUUGUGUUUCAGUCCGAGAUCGCAAACCCCUCCUCAAGAUUUGUAACCGAAGCAAUAGCAAACAACGACCAGAAACAAGUUAGAGUAUUAGAUAUUAUAUGUGUAUAUAGUCACAGCUGUCGCUGACUUUGUUGCAAUGUUAAUUCUGCUAAUUCGCGUUAAUUUACUGUACAAAUAGACGUUUAGUUGUUAGUUUCACUAAACUCAACUCCAACUCCAGAUCGAGCUCUACAUUAAGCAUAACUUGUAUAACUUGUAUGUGAUUUUGUUUUAUCUAAUUGUAAUUUGUAAUUUGAAAAAGAUAGAAGAGAAAGAAGGAGAGAGCAGCCAACAACAAGCCCACUUGUAACAUAGCAUAGCCAUAGUUAAAGUUAACUCUUAAGCAUUUCUGAUGACUGGCACACACAGACAGAGACACCCCAGUAAAACAACACACAAUUAUACACACUCACAUUCGAAUGCCAUCAGUCCCCUGUGUGCCACUGUCAUAUAGUGAUAGCGACCCCAACCUACAAACAACACAUGACAACACAUAACAUAUAUAUAUAUCU